AGGGCCUUAACUCAGAUACGACACCGAAACAUUGUGAAGUUUCUUGGCUUUUGUUCAAGUGCCCAUCACUCAUUUUUGGUCUAUGAGUAUUUGGAAACAGGUAGCUUGGCUGCAAUCUUGAGCAACGAGAAUGAAGCUAAAAAAUUGGACUGGAGCACAAGGGUGAGAAUUGUAAAAGGUGUUGCUCAUGCGUUGUGUUAUAUGCAUCAUGAUUGCUCACCACCAAUUGUGCAUCGAGACAUAACAAGCAGCAACAUUUUGCUGCACUGUGACUAUGAGCCUUGUGUUUCGGACUUCGGGACUGCUAAGCUUUUGAAUCCAGACUCGUCGAAUUGGACUGCUCUUGCAGGCACAUAUGGAUAUGUAGCACCAGAGCUGGCUUACACAAUGAAGGUAACUGAGAAAUGUGAUGUUUAUAGCUUUGGAGUGCUGGCACUGGAAGUGAUUAUGGGAAAGCAGCUAGGCGAUUUUGUCUCCUCCUUUCCGUUUCCAUCCACCACCUAUGCAAGCAUAUUGCUCAAGGAUGUACUGGACCAACGCCUUCCCCCUCCAACACCUCAAGUUCUAGAUGAACUCAUAACCAUUGCAAGGCUAUCAAUUGCAUGCAGACAUUCCCAUCCACAAUCCAGGCCAACAAUGCAUGUGGUUUGUCAGGUGUUAUCGUUCCAAACGGCUUCUUCCUGUAGAGGACCAGACGAUACUACACUUGAACAACUCAUUAAGAUCUGAAUUGCGUGUGACAGAUGAGUUUUGAACAAAAAGACCAUCCUUGUAUUUAAACAUACUGUAUUUCAUAUGAACGUUGGUUCCCAUGUUUUAGGAAAUCAGUUGGGCUCUACCUAUUCAAUAGGGGUGUUCUGGCUGUGGGAUAAGUUUGUUAGUAUUGAUAGUAGUGGGAGACGUAUGCUAGUAUUGGUAGUAGUGGGAUGUUUAGUUGUUACUUCUUUAUCUUGAGUCAGUUAUUUUGUACGUGUUAUUUAA